AUGUCAGAAAGACAAGUGGUUAUUGUGUCUGCUGUUAGAACUCCAAUAGGAUCGUUUUGCGGUGGACUGUCGGCACUCAAAGCCUCUGAUUUGGGCAGUAUUGUCAUAAAAGAAAGUUUAGCGAGGGCUAAUCUCAAACCUUCUGAUGUUUCUGAAGUUAUUAUGGGUCAAGCAUUGCCAGCAGGACAAGGUCAAAAUCCAGCCCGUCAAGCUUCUAUGAAAGCUGGUCUCCCAAUAUCCGUACCUGCGUACCUGAUAAAUAUGCUCUGUGGCUCUGGUCUUAAAUCAGUUACCAAUGGAUAUGUAUCUAUCAAAGCAGGCGAGAGCGAAGUUGUAGUCGCUGGAGGUCAAGAAUGCAUGAGCCAAGCACCUCACGCUAUUCAUCUUAGAAACGGUGUUAAAAUGGGAGAUACCACAAUGGUUGACACGAUGACGUUUGACGGAUUAACUGACGCGUUUACUGGGAUCCAUAUGGGAGAUACUGCUGAAAAUAUCGCCAAGAGAUUUAAAAUAUGUCGCGAAGAUCAAGAUAUAGUAGCGGCCAAAUCUCAACAAAGAGCAGAAGCUGCUAUAGCUAAUGGGUACUUUAAAAAAGAAAUUGUAACUGUUGAAGUUCCCGGCAGAAAACAGUCGACUUUUGUUUCUCAAGACGAGUAUCCUAAAGCUGGAACUACUGCUGAAAAUCUUGGAAAAUUACGUCCUGUUUUUGACAAAAAGGAAGGAACCGUGACAGCUGGCAAUGCAUCAGGAAUAAAUGACGGUGCAGCGGCAGUUGUACUUAUGUCAGCAGAAGCCGCUAAAGCAAGAGGAAUUCCAGCACUUGCUCGAAUAGUUGCGAUUGCUGAGGGAGGCGUUGAGCCUGAUGUUAUGGGUCUAGGUCCGGUACCAGCUGUUGAACUGGUGUUGAAAAAAGCUAACUGGACAAAGGAUCAAGUUGAUUUGUAUGAAUUGAACGAAGCAUUUGCUGUCCAGUCAAUUGCUUGUAUGAAUCAGCUUGGGCUAGAUCCUGAAAAGGUUAAUGUCAACGGUGGAGCUAUUGCUCUAGGUCAUCCUCUAGGCGCUUCUGGAACAAGAGUUCUAGUUACGCUGUUACACUUAUUAGAAAGAACUGGAGGCAAAAAAGGUGUUGCUUCAUUGUGUAUUGGAGGUGGAAUGGGCAUCGCUAUCGCUGUCGAAAUAGAUUAA